AGACAACAAACGUAAAUUGGUCAAUUCUCUCUCUCUUUUCCCAUUUCAGCCUUUUGGGGUUUUAUAAAUUCCAUCUCAUCAUCUGGGUUUUGCCUCAAUUCUGCAAGCAAUCUCAACAAUUUUCCCUCUUUGUCACCCACGUCUCUGCUUGCUUCUUCCUGCAAUCAAUCAUGGCUGAGAUUUCAGGACCCAGCAAUGGCCACCACAGUGUUCCUCUGAACAUCAAAGAUGAACCCACACCCCUCACUGCCACACAACCACUCGACUGUAUCUCUGUUCCUUUCAUUCAAAAGUUGAUCGCCGAAGUUUUAGGGACAUAUUUCUUGAUAUUUGCUGGUGGAGCAUCAGUGGUUGUGAAUUUGAGCAAAGACAAAGUCGUCACUUUCCCAGGGAUUUCAAUUGUUUGGGGUUUGGUUGUAAUGGUGAUGGUCUAUUCUGUCGGCCACAUCUCUGGUGCUCAUUUUAACCCUGCUGUCACCAUAGCCUUUGCCACCACCAAGAGAUUUACAUGGAAACAGGUGCCAGCUUAUGUGAUAGCUCAAAUUCUUGGAUCAACAUUGGCAAGUGGGACACUUAGGCUAAUCUUUAAUGGAGAAGAAGACCACUUUUCAGGGACUCUCCCAAGUGACUCAUAUUUGCAGACCUUUGUCAUUGAAUUCAUCAUCACAUUUUACCUUAUGUUUGUGGUCUCUGGCGUUGCCACUGACAAUAGAGCCAUUGGUGAACUUGCUGGACUUGCCGUCGGCGCCACGGUGCUUCUCAACGUCAUGUUUGCAGGGCCAAUUACAGGAGCGUCCAUGAACCCAGCCAGAAGCUUGGGGCCUGCAAUAGUGUCAAGGCAGUUCAAAGGGUUGUGGAUAUACAUCGUGGCUCCCAUUUUGGGGGCAAUUUCAGGUGCUUUGGUCUACAACACCAUCAGGUUCACAGACAAACCUUUACGAGAGAUCACCAAAAGUGCUUCUUUUCUCAGAGGACAAAGUCGUAGUGGCUCGCAUUGAGGAGCUCUUACUUUUCUCACUUCUACAAAAUGGAAGACUUCUGUAGGCUAACAAAAGGGUUCUCUUUUUAGUGUUCAUUGUAUUUCAAAGUUUAUGCAGAUGGAUUAGAGCGCAGGGAGAAAGUUGUAUGUUUUGUUUUUGUUUUACAUUAUCCAAAGACAUGGAAAUCAGACAACUUUUUCAAUGAGCUAAA